AAAUAAAUUUGGAUUUGCUACUAUAAGUUCUUAACUCUAAUUGGCUGAUUUGUUUGCUGUUUAAAUUAAAAAAUUUUUUAUAUGCUAUGGCUUGAGCCCUCCCAUUUUCUAUUAUUAGACUAAAGUAAUAGAUGUAAUAUACCAUUUACAACAAAUAUAGUAAACUUAAGUCAUAAGAAAUUAACUAGUCAGAGUCAGUUAUUCUUCUCAUAUUUGAUUAUGAUAGGUUGAUUUCUUACAGCUCAAGACUUACUACCUAUUGUAAAUGAUCCAUAAGAGAUAUAAAACUUAAAGUUUAAAUUGGUCUAAAACAUUGUCUUCAAAUUAUAAGUCAGUCAUUCUACUUAGGAUUAAGAAAAAAUACAACCAGAGUUUAAAAAAAUUUUCAAGCAUUCGUAAAAUGGGAGAUAAAGAGAUAAUGUGGAAUCAACCAAGGUACGAGGAAAUUGAUGGAACUGUAAUCAAAAUCGAGGAACCUAAACCAAAACAUUCUGUUUCUAAAAAUCUGGAUAUCACCUAUGUGAAUGUUCCUUCAAUAUCGAAGUCAACUGAUUCUAAUACCUUUAUUAGUGAAGUAGAGAAGGGAGAAGUGAAGCGUAAAUGUAGAGGUAGACCCAAAAAAAUACAAAUCGUAGACAAACCGAUUUAUCCUUCGCCGAUACUUUUAAAAAAGGAUCGUUUUCGUCCGAUUCGACCAAAACCUUCACAACUUAAUUCUUCAGUACUAAGGGAUAAAUUUAGACUGUCUGUAAUAAAUAUGCCUAUUAUACCAUCAAAUCAGACUACUGUCUCAGAUUCAAUAAUUAAUGAAAUCAAACCGUUUAAGAGAAAAUACACUAGAAGACUUCCAAUUGUAUCUAACAAAACAAAUAAUUGUAUCAAACCGAACAUCAGUAACAAUGCUAACAACAGUAACGUUAAGAACAACAUUACUGAUAAUGAUACUGUUAACAGUAACAUUAUUAGCAAGACUAAUAAUAGUGAUAAUAAUAGUAAUACCGAAAAUUUACCGGUUAUUAAAAAGAAGAAAACUGUAAAAACUAAAAAUAUAAACACCACAGCAAAUAGUAAUACAAGUAAUACAAAUAAUAGUAACAAUCAUAAUAAUAGUAGUAGUUACAGCAAUUGUAAUAACAGUAAAGAUUUGCGUACUAAGGCAAUAUCUAAAUCUCAUAAGAGUAGUAUUGAGUUAUUUUUUGAGAGCAUGGCGCAGACCGUGUUGAAUUUACCCAACGAAGUACAAGCGGAUAUUAAAAUGCAGAUUUGUGAAAUUGUCACUAAAGCAGAGAUACAACACUGUGGAUUGCAAACAAAAUCUAAAACUAAAAAGUAAAUUUCAAGAAUUAACAAUUCUAUGUUAUUAAAUCAGAUUAGUCCCUAUAUUUCAUUUGUAACUUAGAAUUACAUUUUUUUACAAUGUAGAUUAUAAUUAAUAUUGAUGUCGUCGAGAUUUAAAAUAAUAAACUCGUGAACAAUUUUGAGAUGGUAAUUGUAGAUGAAAGAGAUAUUUAAGUUUUCUCAUUUACGUUUUGUUUGUCAAUAUAUUAAUAUGAUUACGACAUCAAAGUGUUUAUUUCAUUCUUUUUAAAAAUGCUCCUCGUGAUUAAAUACCAAUUUUGAAUUAUGAUACAUUUAUUUCUCUUUUUUUUUAAGGAAAAAAUAGAAGCAUAUUAAUGUUGUAUUGAAUUGAAAUUAAAGUGUAAUUAUAAAAUAACACAAAUAACAAUAAUUAAGAGGUUGAAAUAACAAUAAUUUUAAUAAUAAUUUUCUCUGUAUGCUCUUAUAUUUUUAAAUGUUGAUGCUUAUUUGCAUUGGACAUUUGUUGCGCGAAAACUGUAAUUUUGUUAUAUACGUCGACGAACAAACCUGAAGUAUAAGUUUAUUAUAGGGGAAAAGCAAAGGGAAUGUGUAAUGAAUAUAAUUA